AUGGGCACCUACGUCAGCCUCCGGAAGUCACUGAAAGGCAUUGACCUGCUUUUCCAGGAGGCAGUGCAACAGCACCCGGGCCUACCACCCAGGGCAGGGAGCCGGCUGCUGGCAUGGGUGCUAUGGCUGCAGGCCUGGCGGGUGGCUGCGCCAUGCCCAGGUGCCUGCGUGUGCUACAAUGAACCCAAGGUGACCACGAGCUGCCCCCAGCAGGGCCUGCAGGCUGUGCCCGCGGGCAUCCCAGCCGCCAGCCAGCGCAUCUUCCUGCAUGGCAACCGCAUCGUGCAGGUGCCGGCUGCUGGCUUCCGGGCCUGCCGCAACCUCACCAUCCUGUGGCUGCACUCGAACGCACUGGCCCGGAUCGACGCGGCCGCCUUUGCCGGCUUGGCGCUCCUAGAGCAGCUGGACCUCAGCGACAACGCUCAGCUGCGCGCCGUGGACCCCACCACGUUCCACGGCCUUAGCCGCCUGCACACGCUGCACCUGGACCGCUGCGGGCUGCAGGAGCUGGGGCCGGGCUUGUUCCGGGGGCUGGCAGCCUUGCAGUACCUCUACCUGCAGGACAAUGGGCUGCAGGCGUUACCGGAUGACGCCUUCCGCGACCUGGGCAAUCUCACGCACCUCUUCCUGCACGGUAACCGCAUCCCCAGCGUGCCCGAGCGCGCCUUCCGCGGUCUGCACAGCCUGGACCGCCUCCUAUUGCACCAGAACCGGGUGGCCCGCGUGCACCCGCACGCCUUCCGCGACCUUGGCCGCCUCAUGACGCUCUACUUGUUUGCCAACAACCUGUCAGCGCUCCCUGCUGAGGCCCUGGCGCCCCUACGGUCCUUGCAAUACCUGCGGCUCAACGACAACCCUUGGGUGUGCGACUGCCGGGCUCGACCGCUCUGGGCCUGGCUGCAGAAGUUCCGCGGCUCCUCCUCCGAGGUGCCCUGCAGUCUGCCCGUGCGCCUAGCCGGCCGCGACCUCAAGCGCCUCACCGCCGCAGACCUGGAGGGCUGCGCGGUUGCCGGGCCCUACCGCCCUAUGCGGACCGGCGAGGGCCCAGGCGAACUGCCCAAGUGCUGCCAGCCGGACGCCGCCGACAAAGCGUCGGUGCUGGAUCCCGGCAGUCCCGCCUCGGCCGGCGGCAACGCGCUCAAGGGCAGGGGGCCCCCCGGGGACAGCGCGCCUCCACCGCUGCCGCUGCCGCCGCCGGCCAACGGCUCGGGCCCCCGGCACAUCAACGACUCGCCCUUCGGGACCCUGCCCGGCUCCUCCGCCGAGCCUCCGCUGCGGCCUGAGGGCUCCGAGCUUCCCCCGGGGCUGCCCACCACGGGCUCUCGUCCCCGGAGGCCGGGCUGUUCCCGCAAGAACCGCACCCGCAGCCACUGCCGCCUGGGCCAGGCGGGCGCGGCGGGCGCAGCGGGAGCAGGUGGCGACGUGGAGGGCGCGGGCAGCGGCGGGCCAACACCGGCCCGCAGCCUGGCGCCCCUGGGCCUGGCCGCGCUGGUACUGUGGACGGUGCUCCGGGCCUGCUGA